AACUCGGGAGACGUCACUUGUCCACGAUCUGGCGGAUGGUGCGCUAUUAAAAUCAUCCCUCGCGCGAGGGGGCAUCGGUGUUAUUAUCCUAAAUAAAAGAGUAACAUUCUGUGAUAUUUUCGACUCUCGAGCUCUAAUUUCGAGCAACAGACGAAUUAUCGUUCGUCGAAGAGUAACGAGCAGGUUUCUAUGGGGAAAAUAAACUGUUAAAUAUUUUCAAAGUGAAGUAGAAUGAAUGUUGUUGCGUGACUUAAAGGAGGGGAAAAACACAGUGAUUAAGUUUCGUGAAUGAUGAACGUCUCGUUUUACGAGAACAACAGCGAUGAAUUGGAAUACUUGGAAAAAAUACUCGGUCCUAAGUAUUUGCCCUUGACGUUGGUUGUGCCUGUUACUCUUACGUACGUUAUCAUCUUCGUGACCGGAUUUAUCGGCAAUGCGAUCACUUGUAUCGUUAUAUGGAGGAAUCCGACUAUGCAGACUCCGACGAAUUAUUACUUGUUCAAUUUAGCGGUAUCCGACUUGCUGCUUUUGAUAUUAGGUUUACCCUUCGAAUUGAGUGUAUUUUGGCAACAAUAUCCAUGGCAAUGGGGAUUAGGUAUAUGUAAACUAAGAGCAUACGUCUCUGAAACGUCCUCUUACGUAUCGGUACUAACUAUCGUAGCGUUCUCAGUAGAAAGAUACUUGGCUAUUUAUCAUCCUCUUCGUCAUUAUGGGAGUGGUUUGAAGCGUUCUAUACGAUCUAUAUUUGGUGCAUGGCUGACAGCUUUGAUUUUUGCUAUGCCAUUUGCUACUUAUAUUGACAUAAAUUACGUUGAAUACCCACAAAAUUCUACACGAAACUCGGAGGAAUCGGCUAUCUGUGUGAUGUUGAAGGAAAACAUGCCAGAUUUUCCUCUUUAUCAACUUAGCUGCAUUCUCUUUUUUCUUAUACCAAUGGUGUCUAUCGCGGUGCUCUACGUGAGAAUAGGGUUGCGAAUACAAAGUGACAGCCUCGCGCAGAACGUCGAGGGAUAUGUUCAUGGUGAAACCAAACAAGCCCAGUCACGGAAAACCAUCACACGAAUGCUGAGUGCCGUAGUGAUCACAUUUUUCAUCUGUUGGGCGCCAUUUCAUAUUCAACGAUUAUUAUACGUGUACGCGGACUCGACAUAUGAUGAUAUAGAUCAGUGGGUAUAUCCGGUUACCGGUUGUCUUUACUACUUCAGCACUACCAUUAAUCCUAUCCUGUAUAAUGUGAUGAGCGUGAAUUAUCGGAACGCUUUUAAGGAAACAUAUCGAUGUUUUCUCAGCAAUCCAUCCAUUAAUAGAGUUGACCUGAGCAAUGUGAGACAUUCUAGCACAAUUUACGAUGUCAGGCCUAGCAGAGGAUCUCGGGUGUUUCGAGGAGGAAGCAUAAAUAGGCAACAACAUGCGAUGUACAGUGCAACUGGAGCCAUGGAAAUCAACUUACACGAUGCGGCCCAAUUACAGUCAGAGUCAGAGGAUGGAGAGACAAAAAAGCGAAUAAAUAACGUGCCUGUCAACGAUUCGCUGACAGUAGAUAAAAACACUGAAGAAAUCUAUGCCUCGCAAUUUUUACAACAAACAAAAAAAUCAUCGAUCCUAGUGCACAUGAAAAAUGGACGUCUUAGAUAUCGAAUGUCUGACAAAGACGAUAUCCCCUCGAGUGAAACGCACAUCUGAUCGUCGUGUUCUGAAAGAAAGGAAGCUAGUAUCGCUCCAGAGGUAAUGGAAAACUGGAUUUUACGUGUUUGCUGGAUUCGAUUGAAAAGUACUUUAAUGUUUGAAUUUCAUGUGGGAAUAUUUGUAGAAGGGUGAGCGAGUAUAAAGUGCAUGUCCUUCUCGAGAUUUAGCUUUAAAAUAUUUGCAAUUGCAAGACUGAAAGCUAUUAAUAUUGAUAUUUCAGCUUAAGGAAGAGGCACGAAUAGCUAAAAUUUAUAGGAAAUAAUUAUCGAAUAACAAAAGAGAAAUUUUAAGGAAACAGAAAUAUGGACGAUUAUUAAAUUGCACGCAUGUACAUAAAAUACAACUGCAUUACAAAGAUGAAAAAUUCUAUGAAUCGUAUUUAAUUUCCGACGAUAUCGGUUUAGUUUUUGAUAUUUUUAUGGACUCCUAUACUACCACAUACAGACAAAUAUGCAGGGUCAAUAGAUGUAAUUUUUUUCCGAACCAUGAAACGCAACAUUAUCAAUGCAUUGACUGUGAAUCUACUACGUAUGUAAACACGCCCCAUUAGAUUAUACCCAGCAUACAUAUAUUACCAUAUUAAAUGUCGCUUUGUAUCACUGUUAGUAAUUUCGAGAUCUUCUCGAUUCAAAUCCGCAGUUUAUAUGUAUUAAUGUAGCGUAGAAUAUUUUUCUUUUCUAAAUACAAUUUUGUGAGUAAUGCGAUUUUUUUUUUAUUUGAAACACAUUUGCGAAGAAAGUUUGACAAUUCUAAGAUUAAAAAAAAAAAAUCGAUUGCAGUGACUUAUCUAUCACCUGAAAUGGAACUUGCUUUUGUUAUCCUUACUUCAAAAAUCUCAAGAGCUUUUUAACUAUGCAAAACAUGAAAAGUCUUUUCGUGUGAAUUAAUGGAAAAGCUGAAGAUUCUCAUCGGUGUUUUCGUUACGAGACUCGAUGGAAUAUUUACGAUCGACCGGAUCAUCGAGCUUAAAAGUUUUCGCAACUUCAUUGUUAAUAUUUUCCGAGUUUUAUGGCAGAAUAUCAAUUGCAUUUUGAU